UAAAAAAAAUAACUAAAAAUGUCUGGUCGUGGUAAAGGUGGCAAAGUUAAGGGAAAGGCAAAGUCCCGUUCCAACCGUGCUGGUCUUCAAUUCCCCGUCGGUCGUAUCCAUCGUUUGUUGCGCAAAGGCAACUAUGCUGAACGUGUUGGUGCCGGAGCUCCAGUUUACUUGGCUGCUGUCAUGGAGUAUUUGGCCGCUGAAGUUCUUGAAUUGGCUGGCAACGCUGCUCGUGACAACAAGAAGACAAGAAUUAUCCCCCGUCACUUGCAAUUGCUACACGAUGGAUCCGAAAGUAUAAAUACUGCAGUUCAUGCUGCGAACUAA